GGUCAAUGAGUUGUGAGAGGCGGUCGGCGAUGCCGCGCUCCGCCGCCCGCCCGGCUUUGGGCUGCGCGGCGGACGGUGAGCCAGCGAGGGAGCACGGGGCUGCCCGGGGCGGGGCGAGCAGGUGCCGCUCGGGGGCUCCGGCUGCCCGGGAAGCACGUCGCGUGUUUGCAGCCCGUCUGUGGAAAUAAACCGCGUCUGCCCCAAGGAAAGCAGCAGCAGGAGGAAAGGACGCGUCCCGUCCCCGCGAGGAGGAGCGUGAGCGUCUGCCCGCGCGUGGAUUGAUGGCAGCGAAGUUCUCUGGCGCCAGCCGAACCGAAGGCACGGCCAUUAAAGACAGGCUCCAUCCAGAGCAGGAGUUGAAGCAUGUUUCAAACUGCCUAGUGGCUCACGGGCUGGAGGUCUAAAUGGAUGGGGACCUGCUGCCCACCGCCAUGAGGAUGAGCCGCUGCAGUCAUUUGCCGGGAGUCCCGCCGGAGUGCCCAUGCCUGCCAGCACCUGACGGCAAGACCCUGCCCGGUGGCAGCGGUGGUGGCCCAGCUGGCAGCUGCCCGCAGUAUGUUAUGCAGGUGUUGGCCAAAGAUGGGCAGCUGCUCUCCUCCGUUGUGCGGACACUUACCAUGCAGAGCAGACCCUUUAAUGACCAUCCAAUGUGCAGGAUCUGCCAUGAAGGCAGCAGUCAGGAAGACCUGCUUUCCCCCUGCGAAUGUACAGGGACCCUGGGGACUAUUCACCGCAGCUGCCUGGAGCACUGGCUGUCGUCUUCAAACACCAGCUACUGUGAACUCUGCCAGUUCAGGUUUGCAGUGGAGCGCAAACCGAAGCCAUUGGUGGAGUGGCUGAAGAACCCUGGCCCCCAGCAUGAGAAACGGACUCUUUUUGGAGACAUGGUGUGCUUCUUGUUUAUCACUCCACUGGCGACCAUCUCUGGCUGGUUGUGUCUACGAGGAGCCGUGGACCAUCUGCACUUUAGUAGUAGGCUAGAAGCUGUUGGCCUCAUUGCACUCACUGUCGCACUCUUCACUAUUUACCUCUUUUGGACCCUAGUAUCCUUUAGGUAUCACUGUAGAUUAUACAACGAAUGGCGUCGGACCAAUCAGCAUGUGGUACUCCUAAUCCCAAAGUCUGCCAACGUCCCCUCCAACCGGCAGUCCCUGCUGGGUCUGCAGUCCCUCAAAAGGAACUCAAAGGAGACAAUCGUUUAAUUGGGGCAGUUCUACACAGGGGCCAUGCACUAAAAAUAUUUUCCUCAAACUCACUGGGGUCAGGCACCAUCCAGAACUCAGGAGUGUGCUAUUCUGAUUUACAAACUCUUGCAGAAUAAUAAAUCACUGUUUGGAUUCAGAUCAUGGCUGCUGCAAUCAUAUGAUAUUUGCUAAGCUGCCAAAUUUGUUUAUUACCAGAUACCAUAUGGAA